GUUGUAUCGGUUUAAUGCGAGUUAAAGACAAGUUCAGAGGCUUUAACGUUGUCUGAAACAUGCUGCAGGGGUGGGAAAACCCUUUCUUUCUGCCUUUUUAGGCUUAUCCAAGAUGGUGACUGUACGUGCAAAGAGAAGGGAAUCUCCUUCUGGGCCUUACGUCUGAGGGGUUGCGGGGUGAAGGUGUUUAUUGAUUAUCAGUUGGGCUCUGCUUCCACCACCCUCAGAAGGAGCUGCAGAGAAGCUGAAUUGGAAUAUGAGCAUAAGGAAAACAAGGAGGACUCGAGUCUCCAUCGUCAUCAAAUACAACUCCUUUCAUUCUCCUCUUCCAUUCACCUACCCAAAGACCAAAUCUGGAAAUAGUAACCAAAAGAGAAGCCCACAUCAUACACAAAGCAGGGAAAGGUUGAAAUAAUUUAAGGGUUGGCCAGAUGCAGCGGGGCAUGGAGUGAACAGAAAGAGGUUAAAUUGAUGGAUGACCAACAAGAGCAGGAUUGUGUCUCAGAAGACCAAGAAACUAUCCUGAUUAAUGGGGUGAAAGAAAAUGAACCGCAUGCCCUGGACGGUGAUGAGAGGCCUUGCACCACUGCCGACGCCGCGGUCACGUUCUCAGCCUUGACGACAGCUCAGAAGGAAAACCACGUGUGCCACCGGGCGCUGCCUCCCCUGACGUCCAAGAAGCCCUGCUUGCUGAGCCCCCCGUCGCCGCUGCGGCUCACGGAUGUACCCGAGCACGCCUCGGAUGACUCCUCUGCCCACGCCAUCUCCCUCACGUCCUGCGUGACGAAGGGCAUGAGCUCCUGGUCGCUGCCGGGCGACUGCGAGAAGGCUCCUUUCACCAUGAUGGAGCCUGGAGGCAUGUCAGCGUUGACGGGCGACUGCUUGAUGCAGCCGAGCCGGACCUGUCUGGGCUGCUUUAUUGAAUCAAAGGACGGCAUUGAUGCAGAGCCGGGAAUAAGCUUGAAAGUGGGGGAUAUAAAUAGGGAUUAUGACACCUGUUCAGUCUCUGAUAUAGGGAUUCACUGCAUGAGCACAGGAGAAACCAUGAGAUAUGGGGAUCAACUGCUUUCAGACCAGCUUUUAAGCUUCCCUAUGCAUAAAUCAAGGGCAGCGGACAAAAGAGAUGCAGAAAAAUCUGACAGUGAUUCAGAGGACCCCACUCAGAAAAAUUAUUACGAGGGAUUACUAUUAGACAAAUGCAAUGGUGAGGAACCUUUACUAACAAAUCCCAACCAGGAAUGGGGCUAUUUUGAAUCUUUCAUUAGUGAAAGUAAAAUUGAGCUGCUUGACCUCUGCUCCAAAAAUGAGCUUUCUGUAAAUCUGUUUUCUGAGGAAGAUGUGGAUAAUUACAUGUUCGAUGAUGACGAUUCCACCUUGGGAAGCGAUGUCUGCUCCCUAAAGAUUAGAUAUGAAUCUUUCCAGGACAACGUGCGGGAGAAGACCACCACCCUACAAGAGGACGCCCAGUUCAACUUCUUCCCCAGCGUGUUUGGGAACUGCACCAAAAGGGACAGCAGGAGCACCCUGAAAAGGGGGCCCAGCGGUGCCACUGACCCUUCUCAAUUCAAAUCUGAAGAAGGCAUCAUCUGGGGGGAGGAGGAGGAGGAUGGUGAGGAAGAGGAUGGCGAGGAGGAGGAGAAAGCUGCCUUAAAUAAAUCUUGCAACAGCACGGAGAUGGUGCAGUACGUGGGCUCCAAGAGGAGCCACUUCUUGGACUCGGUGAAUUCCACGGAAGACUCCGGGGAGUUCAGUGAUGACAGCACUUGCACAGAGUCCUCCUACGAUGUGCUGAGGGAUAUCAAGGACUGCAGCCGGUACCUGUCCCGGGACCACUCCGGCUCUUUCAUUCAGCAGAACUAUGGGUUGCGGGCGAAGAGGAAAGUGCGAUACAGCGACGACUACCUGUACGAUGUGGACUCCAUCGAGAAUGAGAAGAUCCUGGACAAGAAAGAGUGGCUCCCGGAUGGGCCCAAGGAAGAGGAUGAUGACGAGUGGUGCCCCAAGAAACGGCGAAAAGUCUCUCGCAAGGAGCCCCCCGUUAUCAUCAAGUACAUCAUCAUUAACAGGUUUAAAGGGGAGAAGCAUAUGCUGGUGAAGCUCAGCAAAGUGGAUGCCAACGAGACAACUGUUACCCUAAACGAGGAGCUGCUCAGCAAAUACAAGAAGCUGGCCCCACUGAAGGGCUUCUGGCAAGAGAGGCAGCAGAGCCGGCUGGAUUUGCUCAGAUCGUCUCUCUACCACAAGCAGAAUUUCUAUCUUAACGGCUCAGAUGCUUCAUUCCUCCCUCACCCACGGAAGCGAAAAUGCAAGCUAGCAAACAGGCACCGGAUUCAAAGAAUUAAAGCCAUCGAGCAGUCAGUGAACAAGCUGGGCUCUUGCUCCUCUGAUCACAAGCAGCCUUGCAGCAGUAAAGAGGACGCAGGCCUGAAAGGGCUGCCGACGUUGGCCAUCGCUACCCCCAGCUGUGCCAAUGGAUUGCACGUGCAUGACAUCCCGGGCAUCGCUGCCGUGAAAUGCAAACCCCAGGAACGGGAGCACAAGGGGACAGAGAGGAAAGUGCUCCGCAGAAUCAAAUUCAAAAGUGAAGCCAGGCUGAAGUGCAAGAAGAUCAAAGCUGCUACCAGCACGGCGGAGGGUUCCCCGGCGCUGGAAAACCAGGACUCUGCAGCGCGUCUGAAGGACGAAAACAUACCCUCUGCUUCAGACAGCUCCCAUCUCCCGGAGUGCCACGAGGAUAAGGUUGCUAAAAAUUCUCCUUUCCUACCAUCCACCUCCUCUUCAGAUAAGCCUCUGCCAUCUGCUAAUAUCACCACCAAUGUACCCCUGAUCCCCGGAGGGUAUCUGCAGACGUUGUUAGAUGCUUCUGAUUUGUCGAGCAACACCGGUAUCUCAUACUUCACCCAGCAUCCCUCCGAGCAGCAGCAGCAGCAGCAUCCACUCCCCAGCAUCGUCCCAGCAGAAAAGCCCUUCCCGGCUCUGCAGCCGGCACAGAGCUGUGUGCUCUCCCCACCCUCCGAGUCGGAGCUGCAGCAGUCUCCUGGCCACUUGGAGAUAGAGCAGAGCAGCUUCGGUAGCAUGUGGCCAGCCAGCAAAGCUGCUGGCAGCAACCACCAGGACUUCCCCGGAGACAUGCAGGAGGCGGGCGGCCUGCCGAGCGAGUUUGGCAGCGGCGGCAGUGCCACGGGUGCCGACGGCCUCCCUGCCUCUGGAUACACUCAAGUCACUCUGAACAACGGCAAAUUGCUUUACCAAAAAAAUUACAUGCCGGAUAACCAACAAGUGCAGUCUGAUGAUUCCUAUCAGUCAUGUCAUUUUAAUAAUGGAGAGGGGCGCUUUCAUUUCCAGCGAGGUACACUAAGUACAGAUGAUGGCAGGCUCAUUAGUUUUGAUUCAGUGGGUUCAUUGUCAGUUAGUUCUAGCAAUUAUAGUUCUUUAAGUUUAAAGUCUUGCGAAAAGGACGGCGAGGAUGAUAUUAAUGAUGAUUUCUUGGCCCACUGCAGUCCCAAGCUAGUGAUCCAGCAAAGCAUAGAUGAAAUCAGCCCGUUGAAGGAGUCCACGGACCUUUUAGACAUUUCCAACUUCACGCCUGAUAGGUUCCGCCAGUCGUCGCUUUCGGAGAUGUCCCCUCCGGACACCCCCAACCUGUCCCCGCAGAUAGCUGGCUCCGACGCCAAGCCUCUGGGCACCCUGAAGGGCUUUCAAGAGAGCCCCCAGGCUGCCCUCAACAGCUCCGAGAAGGUCAAGUGGAACUGUGGGGUCCUGCAGAGCGAGGAUCAGGCAGAUAAUGGGUUUGCUUUAAAUAAUCACCAGUUCCAGUUCCAUAUGUUCAAUGAUGAAGAUUCUGUCAGCCUUCUCGAAAAGAGUCCAUGCUUGUCAACAUUUAAUGAGCCAUCUGGUCAAAUUAGCACCAAUAGCAAAGUGUCAAAAUCGAAGAGGAAAAGUUCAUCCAGCAAGAAUGUGGGUACAAACCAAAGCUCUUCCCCGAAAGCCACCCGGAAAAAAUCACCCAAAACCAACAAAGGAACCGAUAAGCCGCCAGGGAAAAACUCCAGGCAAGCGCCCAAAUCCACCAGGAAAGGGAAAAAUGCAGUCGGAGUCAAUGGUGAGAAGGCUCCGGCUGUUGGCAGCAGGGUGGUCAAUCAGCUGAGCAACGUGGCCACCGCCACCAAGGGCCUUGCCGAGAGCUCUCAGCACUGCAGCCCAGCCGGGGUGAAACUGGGCAAGCACAACGGGCUGUCCGGAGAGUGGGCACUGGGAAAAGAGGGGAGCACGGGCUGGUCGGAAACCAGCUUGGGCAAUGCCACCAGCCUCCUGGACGACGAUCAGCGGGAAUUUGAGGAACCUUCCAACAUCCUGUCCAACAUUGCGUCGGGAAUGGCGGAUGUCCAGAGGUUUAUGAUGGCCUCCAUUGAGCCCUUGUGGGGGCCUGUUAGCCACAACAGCGUUCCAGACAUAUUCCGGUCACCGGAAUCCAACAGCCUGAAACUGAAAACUCUUAAGAUUUUGGCAGGGACAUCCCAAGAGUCAAAGAAGAAGGCGAAUGGUGGCUCGCCACCAGCAGCCAAGAACCACAAGUCAAACAACAAGGGCUCAAGCAAAAACGGCAAAGCCGCAACCUGCGAUCCCGGUCGUCCCAACUGCUCAACCGGGUUCACCACGGACAUUCCCACUCCCUUUUUUGAUAAAAACUAUAGUAACCUGAGCACUUUAGGCAAUAACGGACCUACACAUAAAAAACUCUAUCGUCACAAAUCCAGUUCGAAAUCGCUGCGGGAUGAGAACUGUAAAAUCAAGCGAACGGACCGCGAACAGCCCCACAAGGACCCACCCGUGACAGCUGCUUUUGAGAAACUGAGGUAAUGCUGCACCAAACUGGCUGGAAUGCCCCUUAACCUCCUUCCCACCUGCUAGGCUGUUCCUCAGUUUUUCCUUCCUUGAAAGCAAAAGUUGCAUGAAAAAACAAACACAAAAAAAAGACAUUCCCCUUUUUUAUCGUUUUGGUUUCGGGGUUGGUUUGGGGUUAUUUUUGGUUGGUUUGGUUUGGUUUUUCCUUUUGAAAUGCAUGAAAAUACUUCUUACUUGCAAGCUACCUAAAGAAUGACCAAUUUUCUGGCUUGGCUGGGGGUAAAAACAAAACUAACAAGGCUACUCUUUCCUGCUGUUUGGCUUCUUCGAUUUUAAUUCCUUAUUUAUUGGGGGGAAAAUGAAACAAACCACGAUUUCACGCUGUUUUUAAUGAUUUUGGGAAGACUUUUUUUUUUUUUUUUUUUUUUGGAACAUUUUGUAAGGAAAAAAAGUUAAAAACAAACCACACAAAAAAAAAAAAAAAAAAAAAGAGGUUAUGCAUCCAAAAGCCAAGAUCUCAAAACUUAAAAGGCUCUUUUCCUUUGCAAAUGAGAACUCGCUCCUAAUUGAGCUUCACGUGGCAAUUUUUGAGUGCUUUCUGGCCCCCUCUGCUGUUUUAUCUCCUAACCUGCAUCAUCUAAAGCUGCAUCUUCUCCACCCGCCCGCCUUUAGCGCGUUCGCUCCGUCGUGGUGGUGACUCCAGACAAGCUAACUUAAGAUGGCAUCAAAUGUUUGAUUUUUUUCCUGCAGGGAAUCAGACUCCAUUCUUCUUAAAGCAGAAACAACACUUUUGGGUUUUCCUGUAUUUGAAGAAGAGACUCCCUUUUCUAGAAAGACGGUUGAUGUUUGUUUCCUUUUGGUUUCUUUUUUGGGUUGGGUUUACUUUUUGGUUUCCCAUCGGUUCCUUUUCGAAAUCUGCCUUGUGGUACGUUGAAAUGUAAGUGCUGAAAUGAAGAGUUUGAAAUUGUGGGAAUUUUAUUCUUUGAAAGCAAAACCUAAUCUGGUAUUCUCUGUGAAAGACUGUUUUAAAAGUCAUACUGUUGUACAGUAGUUUAUGCACUAUUACCCACAACAACAAAACAAUUGUGCCAAACUAUGAACAAGUGACUGUAUUGUAUAUAUUUUUACUUCUCUAUCAACAUUGGGUUGUGAGUGUUUUCUGCAGCUAUGCCUUUUGGUUUUACUAGAAACAUUCCAGUUGUUAAGUACUAACCACCCCCCUUUGAAAGCACCUGUAACUCACGAGGAAAACGAUAUUGUUCACUUCUACAACUUACCAAAAGUUUUAUGGACAUGACUAAAAGUGUGCCAAAUUUACUUACCUCAUUUCAUGGAUUCACCCUGUGGUUUAAAGCUCAUAAAGGGAAAAAAAAAAAAGAAAAAAAGGAAAAAAAAGAAAAAAAAAAAGGAAAAAAAAAACGGGGGGGGGGAGGGGGAAGGAAAAAGGAACUUUGAAACCGAUGCUGGGAAAUGGUAACGUCCUCUCUUUGAAACCAUGAGCAGAACAACUUCAUGGUGAAGUGUUGAGUUUCCUUACAGGAGAGGGUUGAAAUGGUGGAGGAGUUCAGAAACCCACUGACACGGUAAGUUUGCCAGGAACUCAAGUGUCUGCAUCUAGAGACUACAGAACAGCUGCUUUUCAAGUGUCUGUUUUCUUAAAGCAAAACCUGUAGCUGAAGAUCAUUUGAAAUGCAAAGUUACAUUGCUAAUUCUUUGUAUCUCAGUUUUAUAUAUUUUAUAAGAACCUGGGAUGAAUUCUAAAAGAGUUAUAAAAACAGAACUAAUACGUUUCAUAUCUUUAUUGCUAUUUACUUUUCCUUUGAGUAGUUUCUUGAACAUUUUCGAUGCAGAGCCUGUCCAAAGCGCUCUCCUUGUCAUAGCUUUGGUGUUUCCUACAUGUCUAACCUUGCAAUGCCAAUAUAGUUUGAACUUUCAACAGCAAAGUCAUUAGUUUUAAAUGCAACUUGGACCCUUUUCUUUGAUUCAGUUCAUAGGAUCAUAAAAACAAACGGAGCUAUUUGUGAUCUCACCAAUCAGGGCCGGAUCAUACAUGACUGGACUUUAUCAAGACAGCAUUAAGGAUUGAAUGCUAAAUGUAUUCUCAAAAGGCCUUAUUUGUAACCCUACUCACCACACCCUCGCCCUCCACCACAAUAACAAACCCAACAAAUAUCUCUUUUCCUUGUGCAACUGAGAGCCUGUGCAUUUUGCUGCUGAUUUCUUAUGAAACCUUGAUAUGCAAGAGCCCUGCUAACUGGGAGCUGUUGGGAGCAGAGGGACAUGAGGCUUGGACAUGUUUAUGCAAUAGAAAAUGAUGAGGAAGAGGAGCCUUAAUAGCAGUUGGACAGGUCAUGUUCUUGACCUGGUUGUGAGCAUAGGACUAGACUUGGGUUUCCUUAAAAUAGGUUUUUUUCAGCCCAGGUGCAAGGCAAAACAGCAGAAUAGUUGUAAGUUAAUUUAGCAAAACAGCAGAGUGAACACUUGGAGUUGAAGUGGAGCUGUAGAGUGUUGAUUUAGAAUCAAAAUGUUUUCAGCAUUUGCAGAUCUCCAGGUACAGCUUAGGCUCAGCUCUGCAAUCCCACAGAGAACAGCGCGGUAAUUACAUUGCAUUUUGUUUAACAGAUGAAGGAAAGAAGUAUGAAAAAUAACAAUUCUGAAAACCAUUCUCUAAGUUCAUUUAUGCCAUGAAAAAUGCAAUGUUGGUGAUGCCCAGAUGAGAGCGGUCCCUGGGUACCCUGCAGGGUGCAGCAUCCUAUCCCAGCUCUGGCUCCUGGAGGUUGAUCCAGAGGGUGCUCAGGGUUUAUUUAGGAGUUGUGCUAGAGCUCCAUCCUUGGGUGUUAGGCUCCGCUGCAGCCACCAUGCUCUCCCCUGCUACCCCAGUAUCUAUCUUUUCUAUUUGUAUGGUCAUCAGGUAUUACAAGCUCCAGCCACUGCCAUGGUGUUGGUGUAUCCCAUUUUUCCAGCAUUCCUCCUGCAUGCUCCUGCAUUAGGACCUGCCAGCUCCCUUCUUUCACACAUUCAGGCUGCAGCUCUUAUGGAGACAGGUCAGGUCCAGGGCUGGGAUUUGGCUCUUCUUUUUGACCCAGAACCAUUAUUUGCAAGCACAUUUCAACUGGCCUGCACUGUGCUUGUUAUGCUUAAUAUUAUGAAUAUGGGACUCAUUGUAAUAAGAUACCCUGUACUGAACCAGGUAGCAAUAUUUAUUGCAUGUGAGAGAUGUGCAAUAGGGCAUGAAGAUAAGGCAUAAAAUGUAUUGGCUGUUUUAUUAUGUGUUCAAAAUCCAUGAAUACCCAGCUAGGUGUUUCAGGACGCUGUUAAUUGCAAAUACCAGCUGCCUUGUUGCUCUCUCCUUCAGUCCUUCUGAUUUUGCUGCUGUCUUUGGUGGUCAUCCCUUGUCCUCCCAAAAAAUCUUUGACUGGGAAGAUGUUCAAGAGCUGGUUUCCUUGUGGUGUGGCACUGGCCCUUCUCUGCAGCUGAAAAAGUGAUCUCUGUUGAUUGACCCCGAAAUUUGGGCCAUUUGUCUUCCUUCCUCUUGAUCUUGAUAGAAUCAUACAAUGGUUUGUGUUGGAAGGAACCUUUAAAUGUCAUCUAGUCUAACCUUCCUGCCAUGAGCAGGGACAUCUUCAACUAGAUCAGAUUGCUUAGAGCCCUGUGCAACCUGGCCUUGAAUGUUUCCAAUUAUGAGGCAUCUAUCAUCUCUCUGGGCAACCUGUGCCAGUUUUCACCACCCUCAUCGUAAAAGAUUUCUUCCUGAAGUCCUUCUCCACAGGGCUGCUCUCAAUCCCUUCAUCCCCAGCCUGUAUUGAUACUGUGGGUUUCUCCAAACCAAGUGCAGGACCCUGCACUUGGCCUUGUUGAACCUCAUGAGGUUUGCAUGGUCCCACCUCUCAAGUGUGUCCAGGUCUCUCUGGAUGGCAUCCUAUUGCUCAGGCAUGUCAACUGCACUACUCAACUUGGUGUCAUUUGCUGAGAGUGCGUUUGAUGCCACUGUGUUACUGAUGAAGAUACUAAAGAGUGCUGGUCCCAGUAUGGACCCCUGAGGGACAUCACUUGUUACUGAUCUCCAUCCAGGCAUUGAGCCAUUGACCACUACCCUCUGGAUGUGACACCAUCCAUCCUCAUCUAUUGAACAGUCCAACCAUCAAAUCCAUCUCUCCCAUUUAGAAAGAAGGAUGCUUUAGGGGAUCAUGUCAAAAGCCUUAUAGAAGUCACAGAAUCAUUACAUAGUUAACAUCCGUAGCUCUUCCCUUCACUCAUGUAGUCACUCAUCAUAGGAGGCCACUGGGUUGGUAAGGCAGGACUUGCCUUUGGUGAAGCCCUUCUUAUUAUUCUUUGCAUCCCUUGCCAAGUCCAGCUCCAGCCACUCCUUGGCCUUCCUGACCCAUCCCUACACAACCAGGCAACGCUCCUAUACUCUUCCCAGGAUAUCUGUCCCUGCUUCCACUGCCUGUGCAUUUCCUUCUUGCCCUUUACUCUGACCAGCAGGUCUCGACCCAGCCAUGCCGGCCUCUUGCCUUCCUUUCCUGAUUUCUUAAACCUGGGGAUCAAGAGCUCUUGUGCUCUAUGGAAAGCGCCCUUAAAGAUCUGCCAGCUCUGCUCUGCUCCCUUGUCCCUGCAGGCAGUUCCCAUGGGAGUCCUAUUGACCAACUCCUUGAAGAGCUGCAAGUUUGCUUUCCUAAAAUUCAUCUCCACCUGCCUAUCACUACCUCAAGGUUUUCAUGAAUUCCCACCUUUGCCUAACUCCUUGCCAUUCCACCUCUCUUUUUCCACUUGCCCUUCUUGUCAGUAUUCAUGAGGUUUUGGUUUUUUAUGGCACUGUUCCCAGCUGUGGGAGGACCGGGACAUGGCUUCCAUCCAUCCCUGCCCACCAUCCACACACUCCAGGGCUCCCCAUAUUGGCUCCUGUCUCAGCUCAUUCUCCUGCCCAGUCCCAUUGCACUUCCAGCCUCCUCUUGCAUCUUCUUGGGCUCCUGCGGGUUUGGGGCAACUAAUCCAAGCCAGGCAAAAGACUUAUAUUCUGCAGCAUCCAUUAAAAUGUCUUUUCUACUUUAUCUUGUCUCAUUCCUAUUCUAAGAGGUGUCCCACUGGGCGCUGUAUGACAGGACCAGUGUCGGUGAUGCUUCUCUCCUAAGCCGCGCUGUGCUGGCACACUGCGGCUUGGGCAACGUACAAUUGGCAGUGAAAUUAGGAAGGAGAAACCAGCCACUUGCAAAGAAAGGUCAUAAAAUCCAUCCGAGAGGAGAACAACGUGGAGCACUUCCUUGUGGCUCUUGCUCCACCUCCUGAAAGAGUCCUGUGGAAUGGGAACAUCCGUCUCCCUGCAGUGACUGCAGAAAGAAACCCUACAGCGACCUAGCAGUAGCCAGCCCACCCCCAGUGACCAUGGUGUGCUGGAGGUACUUGCAUAUAGAGGUUUUGUAAAUAGAAAAAUAAUCAAUGAUGGGGAUUCAAGUAAUAGGUUUUUAUAAAAGACAAAAACUCUUUACCAGGUUUACAUCUUGCUUUUCUUUUUAUAAGCAUAAAAAGGGGGGAUUUCUUGAACAACAGCUUGAGAAUAAUGACCGUGGACCAGAUUUAGGUGUUGUUCUGGGAGGAGGAGGAGGAGGUGAGCAGAGCACGAGGGGCUGUCCCUUGCUGGUGCUGCACUGUCCUGCCGAGGCCAGGUCUGUGUUCGGAGAAAGAGCCAAGGCUGUUUUCAGCCCGGCCGUGGUCGCUUUGUGAACCCAUUGCUGUUAGUUUUUCUUGGCACUAUGGCUCCAAUGAGCCACGAACCAAAAUAAAGACAUUUUAAGCAUUUUCAUCCUUUACCUGCUGGACCACAUUCUUCUUUCCUUAAGGUCCUGAUCCAGCAAAGCACUCGUGUGGGUCCCAUAGGCUCCUGCUUCCCGAGUGCUUUCCUGGAUGGCAGUGGCCUUUGCUGUUAAAUCAUGAGCAAAAACACCCUUGAGGUCAGUGUAAGUGAGCAGAGGAUCAGGUGUGUGGACUUCAGUCAGUGCAGGAUCAGGCCCUCGGUCUUACUUUCUCAACUCGGUGUGUUGGACUUUGCCUGUGCAGCUCCCAGGGGGUCCAGUGGAAGUUGCAUGGUUCAAGCCGCUGACAUCUAUUUGAGAAUGUGCCUCUUUAUCUCUUCAGCAUGUGAAAUAAUGCAAAAAAAAAAAAGGAAUUAAAUAUAUAUAAAAUAAUCAAUGUCUGUGGUAGAAGCAAGGCUUUCAAAUCUGUUUCUCAGGUAAACAAGUGACACUAAUGACAGUGGAGUAACAGCCAUCUAAGGGAAUUGGGAUUUAAAGUAGGAGGACGCCCUCCAUCUCGCAGGAUGCUUGGGUUGCCAGACACGUUUACUGAGCCUUUGAACACUUGGUGCAAAAGGAAACCAGAAGUCAAAUUGAUAUUCGCCACUACCCUUCACUAGACAGACAAACGUCCAUUGCAAAAGCACAAAGGGAAGACUCAAACAUAGACUAAACCACACACACACACACACACAUAAAAGAAAGGUACCAGUUAAACUCCUUUUGUCUCUUACUCCCAGUGGGAAGCAGGGUAGAAAUCCAAGGAGCUGCUCCGUUCCGGGGCGUUUCGACUGCUGCCUCCAGAGAUGUGAAUGUACUUUACUGCUCCUUGAGUUCCCUCCCAUAGAACUAGAGGCACCUCGUUAGGAAGUUGCUCCUGUUUUAUGGUGCUAAAGAAAACUUUUAUCCCCCCCUUGAGCAUUUAAGAACUAUAAAAUGGCCCUUUUUAUGAAUGUAACAUAUCCAUUUCUGUUCCACAUUUUACACUGCAAUUUUAACAUGUUUGGAAAUGAUUUGCCUUUUUUCUUUUAGAAUAAGCUUUAUAAAUAUUCUGUAGAGUCAAUUGAAGUAUAAUUCUUAAGGAUCACUCUAAGACGCCUACAAAAUCUUGUAUAUUUUUAAGUGUGCCAAUUUGUAAAAUAUUUUGUAAGUGUAUAUUUUUCUUAGGAAAGUGCUGUGAAGUGUUUGUAUGUGUGAGGUUUCCCUUUUUUUGCACCUCCGGGUGUUAAUAAAAGGAUGUAUACUUAAAAGUUUCUGGUUUUAAAAACCAAAAUACAAAGACAAAAAAAUGACAACUUUUGUUGGGAAUUUUGUAAUAAAAACACACACAAAAAAAGAGCUGUUGUGAACGAGUGUAGUGAUAUCGUGUAAAGGAACCUGGACAAUUUGUGAGCGCUUUGCUGUUUUAUAGAUCCUCUUGUAAAUUAUUCUUGUAAGAUUUUGGGUUUUGUUGUUCUUGUUGCAAAGGUUUUAAAUAUUUGUGACUGACUCUGUAUGGUGGAAACGUCAUCUUGUUAACUUGCUGAGUUUUGUUAUAUUGUUUAUGGAAUAAAUAAAAACCUUUAAAAUCUCA